AUGAUGCUCAACCUACAGAGUCACUUGCAGAGCACCCUUCUUUACCUCCUCCUCCUAUUUACUGCUUCCAGAGGAAUGAGGCUGCCCAGGGAAAGUGAUAUAGACUGGCAUGGAUGCAAAAAUGCCUCACAAGAGGUCCUCAGGCAGUUGUGGAAGCUGAAUGUGAGUCAGAUGGAAAUAAACUCAACUAUUCCAUUUCCAGAGCGGAUUGAAUGCAGUGAUCACUGUGAUCCAGAUUCCCUGGUCAAGAAUAGCAUGCAGUGUCUGAUGAAGAUUCGCCAGGGUCUUCGCCAUUAUCAGGAACUUCUGAGGCAGUAUUUAAAGCCGGAUUCCGCCGCUGAGCUCCAAACUGCUGUGACUAACUUGUUGCAGCUCCUUCUAAAGGAUAGCGUUAUUACUGGAGGCAGCAGCCCAGCCGAACAAACAGAGUCAUGGGAGUACCCACAUAUAGAGAACCACAUCCUGCAGCGGCUGCAGUCAUUUGCCAUUUUAGUGGCAAGAGUCCUUGCCCAUUGUGCAGCGUUAAAAUAGGAAUGUGACUGUCUGAGCUAGAACAAUGCCAGGGGUGCGGGAGAGAAUAUUCCAUUAUAAACCUUUACUCAAUGCACUUACUCAUUAUCCAGAAAUGCAAUUCCUUGCCUGGGAAUACAAAAAUCUGUGAGAACAGAGAAGUUGGUGGGAGGGGUAACAUAAGGGAAGUAGGUUAUGUGUCCAUUAUGUGCUCAUAUUUAUUUAAUAUACUUAAUUUAAUAUAUUUAUUUUUAUUUAUAUGGCCCAAUUCCUGUUGGGAACUGCUGUGCCAGUGACCAAGAACGUAUAGGAAAACUAGGUGCCAACUAUUAAUAUAAAAAGGGGGGGAAUCAUUCAAGAAUCUCACACCUUCAUUUGCAAUGUAAAAAUGUACGUUCAUCCUCUUUUGAAGGAUGAUUAUGAGAAGUGUUUUGUAUGAUUGACUGCAA